AUGCAUGUGGCGAACGGCGAAGCGAAGUUUCGACUGCUCAGUGGGACUCCUCACAGACAAGUAGUCGAGUCUCCUACUCCGCCAGCUCCUCCUCCUGUGUCUGCUGUUUCGCACAAGAUGACUGCCAUCGACUUGCUUGCUCCCACCUUAUCUCCCGAUUCUGACACUACAACUAUUGAACGCGUUGAUCAUGAUCAGUCUCCUCCCGCUGAGCGAGCUUGGAGCUUCUCGGACGCUGAAAAGGCAUCGAUGACCAACGCUGGUGUUCCACCGCUAAUAUCAGCGACUCCUGAGCCGCAACCCGUCCCACCGUCUCAGGCCGCUCAACAGAUAAAGGCGACGCUUGCCAAAGUUAUCGAAAAGAUGUCGAAUCCUAAUGAGCUAACUUCCAAGGAUCUGCUCGACAAUCACAUUUCGGAGAACACGAGUAGCGCGAAGGGGCCGAACGAUGGCAUAUUCGCGGAACAAUUUAAGUUUUGUGACAGGAUUCUCAAGAAGCUGCGCAAGAGGCGUCUCGACGGAGUCAUUGUCAGCCUGUUCCACGAGCCAUCUGAAUUUGUAUCAGAGCAGAGGCUGUGCAAGGGCGAAUAUGCUACUCCUGAGAACUUCCGAGAUGACUUCAAGCUGAUGAUCAGGAACGCACUAACCUUGAACCCGCCGAUGAACCCAGUUCACGAGGCAGGCAAGGUGCUCGAUCGUUACUUCGAUGAGAAGUGGCGGGAUCUUCCGCCACUACAUUCGCAGGCCACUUCUGACGGCGAGGACGACUUCGACAGCGAGGAGGAGCGUCAACGUUCGAUUGCGAAUAUGGAGGAGCAGAUCCUGAACAUGAAAAGCAACCUCGACUUGUUAAAGAGAAAUUGCCACUGA